GGGAGUGUGUGCUGUCAGCUAGUUGAGAGCUGGUGAUAGUUAAAGACGUUUUCUAGAAUGACAGCAGUCAAAUAGGAGGAGGGAUGAGUGACUUCGGACCAGCAGAGCUGAUCGCAGGCCUCUGUCACACAGACGGGGAGAAUCCUUUCCCUCUGUGGCAGAAUGGACUCGUCAGCCCCUGUUUUAACCAGCUCGUCCUCGGAGCGCUGCCUCAUGCUGGGAUCGCAGUUUUCAGCGCCUGCUACCUCGGCAUGGCAAGAUGCAGCCUCCUUCAGACGUCUCCUUCCUGUGGUUGGACGCUCAGGCUGGUGUCAGCUCUGCUGGCCGCGCUGCUCUUCACCGCAGACGUCGUCCUGGUGAGCGUCCUCCAGCAGGGGGACAUGUACCUGGAUCUUCUGUCCGACAGCUGUGCCGUCCUGGCCUGGCUGGUCCACUUCAGCGCCAUGACAGUGCUCCAGAAAACUGCUUUCAGGAGAACCAGAGGACCUCCACUGCUGUUUCUGCUGGUCCUUCUGUCAGUCCCCAACCUCGUCUUCACCUUGAUGAUUUACUGUGGAAGUGAAGGAUAUUUAAAUCUUACAGAGCCUCUUAAACUGGCUCGGUUUGUCCUCGCCUCGGCCCGGACGCUCCCUCUCCUGGUUUACCUCCUGGCAUUUGUGUUUCCCUGCAUCAGCGAUGCUGGAUACACCUUGUAUAUUAACGCCGUGGACGGAUCGCCGCUCAUCUCGGGGAGCGCCCAGCCAGACACAGGUGAGAUGGUGGCCGAGGACUCGAGUGGCUGCGUCUCUCGACUCUUCUACCUGUGGCUGACUCCUCUCCUCAGACGGGGGCAGCGAGGGGAGCUGGACAGACCGGCUGACGUUUACCAUCUUCCCCGGAAACUUCGGACUAGUGUGGUUUGUCGAUACUUCCACCAGUGCUGGGAAGCCUGCCGACGGGGGGGAGCAGUCAGUGACGGGGGGGAUCAGUGGCCCAGGCCGGUCAGCAGGAACCUCUUGAACGGCACCUGGAGUUCACACUACCUGGAGGAACCACUGGAGCUGGAGGGGGACGUGGGACUGCUGAGGGUGCUGCACAAGGCCUUUGGGCUGCGGUAUUACAUGCUGGGCGUGCUGAAGGUGGUGGUCAACAUGCUGAGCUUUGCAGGUCCCCUGCUGCUCAGCAGUCUGGUGAACUUCAUGGAGGAGGAGGGGGCGCCGGUGAGCACGGGCGCCUGGUGCGCACUGGGGCUUUUUGCCACCACCCUUCUCUCCUCCGUUCUCCGGAACAUCUUCGUCUUUGAGGUCUCCAAGGUGUCGCUGUCAGCACGCGCCGCUCUCGUGUCGGCCAUCUACAGCAAAGCCCUGCAGGUCAGCGGCAGCAGCCUGGCGGGGUGCACUCUGGGAGAGGUGGUGAACCUGAUGAGCACGGACACCGACCGCGUGGGGAACUUCUUCAACAGCUUCCACGAGCUGUGGAGCCUGCCCUUCCGAUUCUCCAUCACCCUCUACCUGCUGUACCUGCAGGUGGGCGUGGCCUUCCUCGGGGGGCUGGGCGUGGCCCUGCUGCUGGUGCCGUUCAAUAAGUUCCUCGCUUCCCGUAUCCUUAGCAACAACAAAGACAUGCUCAGGCACAAGGACAGCCGUGUUAAGCUCAUGACAGAAAUCCUCUUCGGCAUUCGUGUCAUCAAGUUCUACAACUGGGAGCCUCACUUUACCCAGAAGGUCGCCGACUGCCGUAAACAAGAGCUGUCCCACCUCAAGGCCAUCAAAUACCUGGACGCCAUGUGCGUGUACACCUGGGCCGCGCUGCCCGUGGUCAUCUCCAUCCUCACCUUCGUGACGUACGUGAUGCUGGGACACCAGCUGACUGCAGCCAAGGUGUUCACCACGCUGGCUCUGGUGGGAAUGUUGAUCAUCCCGCUCAACGCUUUCCCCUGGGUCCUCAACGGCAUCCUGGAGGCCAAAGUAUCUCUGGAGCGGAUCCAGCGCUUCUUCAAACUGACCAACCAGGACCUGCAGGCGUACUACGCCCUGGUGUGUCCUGAAGACAGUCAGACGUCGGUCCUGUUGAACCAGGGGACGUUUUCCUGGCAGAGGCCCGUCGGUCCCGACCACAGCAAAGAGGGAGAAACUGAAACUGGAGCUGCUAAAGGAAGUCUGAUGCUGCACAGCCUCAAUCUGCACAUAACUAAGGGCUCUCUGGUCGUUGUGGUUGGGAAGGCCGGCUGUGGAAAGAGUUCCUUACUGGCUGCUCUCACAGGAGAACUCAACAGGCGGAGCGGAGUGGUUUAUGUUGCGGACAGAGAGGCCGGCUUCGGCCUGGCGUCUCAGGAGCCGUGGAUCCAGCAUGCAUCAGUGCGGGCGAACAUCCUGUUUGGCAAAGACUACGACCCCACCUUCUACCAGGCCGUGAUCGAGGCCUGCGCUCUCUCAGAUGACCUCAACGUUUUGCCAAACGGCGACAAGACAGAAGUGGGAGAGAACGGAGUGACUCUGAGCGGAGGACAGAAGGCUCGGCUCGCCCUCGCCAGAGCUGUUUACAUGGACAAAGACAUCUACCUCCUCGACGAUCCGCUGGCAGCCGUCGAUACAGACGUGGCUGCACACCUCAUGCAGAAAUGCAUCAUGGAACUCCUCAGGGGAAAGACCAGAAUCCUUUGCACGCACCGUAUCGAGUUCGUGGACAAAGCUGACAUGAUGGUGCUCAUGGACAACGGCACAAUAAUCAAAACAGGGACACCAGCAGAAAUCCUUCCUUUGGUCGAGGCGGUGCCGAAGAAACGGAAGAAUGAGCACAACGCGAAGGAGAAAGCAGAUGGCGUGGAGCAGGAUGAGGACGAGGCGGGUUCACCCCCUGAUCUGUGUGUGGAUGAUGAUCCCGACCUGUUGGCGGCGGAGCAGAAGCAGGCGGGCGGGCUGGCGUGGAGAGUUUACCAGACCUACUGGGUCGCUGUGGGCGGCGUGCUGGCCUCCUCCAUCCUCGUGUCUCUGCUCCUCAUGCAAGUCUCUAAGAACGUUUCUGACUGGUGGCUUUCCCACUGGAUCUCUGAGCUGAAGAACAACGGCUCCUCCGCAGAUAGCGGUUCCUUCACAGGUGCAUUCGGCUCGUCUCACCUGCUGCUCUUCUCACCUGGAGGAUUAAUGUCUCCUCUCCUCUCCUCCUCUGUGCAAACGUCUCCGUCGAGCAACAUGAGCUCCGAUGUCAAGUUUUACCUGACGGUGUACGCCUCCAUCGCCGCGGCCAACACCGUCUUCACCGCCCUCCGAGCCUUCCUGUUUGCCUACGGCGCCAUCUGCGCCGCCACGGCCGUCCACAACAGACUCCUGGACCGGGUCCUUAAGGCCACCGUGACCUUCUUCGACACGACCCCUCUGGGUCGCGUGCUCAACCGGUUCUCCUCCGACCUGUACAGCGUCGACGACAGCCUGCCGUUCAUCCUGAACAUCCUGCUGGCCAACGUCUUCGGCCUGCUGGGAAUGCUGGUGGUGAUAAGCUACGGCCUCCCCUGGGUCCUGUUGCCCCUGCUGCCCCUGGCUCUGCUUUACCACCGCACGCAGCACUUCUACCGACACACGUCCCGGGAGCUGAAGCGCCUGUGCAGCGUCACCCUGUCGCCCGUCUACUCGCACUUCUCCGAGACGCUGACCGGGCUGGGAACCAUCCGGGCCAGCGGCAGCUCUGCCAGGUUUGAGGAGGAGAGUGCGAAACGUCUGGAGCAGAACCAACGCUGCCUGUUCCUCAGCAACGCCGCCAUGCAGUGGCUGGACAUCCGCCUGCAGCUGAUUGGAGUAGCCGUGGUGACGGGCCUCGCGGUGAUCGCCGUCGUCCAGCACCAGUUUCACUCCGUGGAUCCAGGUCUGGUGGGUCUGUCCCUGUCCUACGCGCUGUCCAUCACCACCCUGCUGUCCGGCCUCAUAUUCAGCUUCACUCAGACGGAGAUGCAGCUGGUGAGCGUGGAGCGGACGGAGGAAUACUCCACCGGCCUGCCCGCCGAGCCGCAGCACCACAACCCACAGCUCCCCCCCUCGUGGCCCGAGCAGGGCUGGCUGGAGUUUCGCGGCGCGGUGUUGGCGUACAGGGACGGUCUUCCUAACGCCCUGGACGGGGUGAGCCUGGUGGUGCGACCUGGGGAGAAGGUGGGCAUCGUGGGACGCACGGGCUCCGGCAAGUCCACCCUGUUCCUGGCCCUGUUCCGGAUGGUGGAGCUGAACCAGGGUCAGAUCCUCCUGGACGGGCUGGAUAUCAGCACGGUGGGCCUGGGUCAGCUCAGGUCCCGGUUGGCCAUCAUCCCUCAGGACCCCUUCCUGUUCAGCGGGACCAUCAGGGAGAAUCUGGAUCCGUGCAGCCGACACCCAGACCAGCAGCUGCUGGACGUCCUGGACCAGUGUCACCUCAGCGCUGUGGUCAACAGGAUGGGUGGUCUGGAUGCUGAGGUCGGAGAACGGGGGAAAUUCUUCUCCGUGGGACAGAGACAGCUGCUGUGUCUGGCCAGAGCUCUGCUGACCCAGGCCAAGGUCCUGUGUAUUGAUGAAGCCACGGCCAGCGUGGACCAGAAGACGGACAAGCUGCUGCAGCAGACCAUCAGAGAGACGUUUCAGGACAAGACCGUCCUCACUAUCGCACACAGGAUCAACACCAUCAUGGACUGCGACAGGGUGCUGGUGAUGCAAGGCGGGAAGGUGGCAGAGUUUGACACGCCAGCCGCUCUCCGCCAAAGUGACCGCUCCGUCUUCCACCGGCUGGUCGGUGGGAGGGGACAGUGAGAGACGACCGAGAGACACUGAGCGGAGGGAGUUUUUCAGAAAUCUGAAGAUAUAUUUUUUUACUUGAUCCGGGAGAGGUUUGCUGAGAACUCGCUUCCUUUGUCAGCGCCGUCCUUCUUCAUGCACAUUUACAACUUAAGCAUCACAUCUUUAAAUUGACAACAUUUCCUGUUAUAUGUUCUAAUAUGUUUUUUGACAUUUAGUUUCUUUUAAAUUUAUUAUUUUUAAUGUUCUUGUUGAGUUGAGUGAAAAAUUACAAUAUCAUAAUUGGAAAGUUGCACACUCACGACUUCAAUGUAAUCGUGUAUUUCAGCUUGAAAAGACUGAGCCGUCCUUAGAUCGUUAGCUUCGACCUUUAUGAGCUGAAAUAAAUGAUUGUUUCAAAGUUUCGAGUGUGUGGCUUUCCAAGUGGUACAGGUUUGUUUUUCUACACAAGGUGGAAGAUAUUCUGUCUUUCCUUAAACAUUUUUUACCUGCUUGUUACACUGCAUAUUUCUCUUGCUAAGAAUUGUUAUAAUUUAUUAGUACAAGCAGGUAACUUAUGUAAAACUUUCUGGCAGUCUGUUCUUUUUUUAACGUAUGGAUUGUUUAUUGUUUUAUUUGGGGCCAUUAUGUUCUGCUGUUUCAUAGGCUCCUUUAAUCUUUAUAUGGUUUCUUAAGGGGAACAGUAGUUGUGCUCAUCUUGGAAUAUUUUGGAAAUAAUUUAAGAUGUGAAAAGGAAGAAAUAUAAAAAUGUAUUCCCUCUGUUAGCUGAGGGGGGAAUUUUGCUGCCUGGCAUGUUACAUUUAAAUCUAAUUUAUCCAGAUGUGUAACGCUCUCCACUGAAACCCAGACUGUAGAAAUAAGUUUUAUUUAAAAUCCUCAGCUGGAUUUGUUGCGGCUCUUAAUGCAGAAAAAUAUCAGCAUACAGGUAAAGGAGAGGCCAGAUGACACUGCAGGUUUGAAACAACAUCAGUCCAACUCUAAUACGAAUCUGUAUGUCAGUAAUCUGUAUUCUCAAUGUUGGUCAUUUAAAGUGGGAGUUAAUGAUGGGUCAGAUAGUCUCUCUAAACGUACUGUUAUAUAGUAUUUUUUAUUCUUUUUCAUGUUAAAUGAGGUUUAAAUCAACAUCUAUCCUCAAUGAAGUGUUGUCGUUUUGCAUGUUGAAAUAAUCUUCAUCCAUCCACCUGGAGCAACAUGGAUUUAAGGGCACAGUUACCUGACCCUGGAUCAUUUCUAGCUACCUCAGCUCUGAGGCCAGCCACUGAACAUUGUUAUAAAUACAAGUAAUAGUCCUGGAGAUCAGGCUGAAUGUCAUAGAAAUAACAACAUAUAGUGUAAUUUGGUGUUCCUCAGGGAAGCUGCUUUGGUCCCCUGCUUUUUAGUUAAACAUGUAUUUAUUGGUCGAUAUCUUCAGUGAACAUAAUGUUGAUUUCUGUUGCCAUGGUGAUGACACACUACCCUACAUCUCUGUUGAUAAACAUGAUGCAAUGCAUGAA